GCAAGAUGAACAAUGAAGAACUUUUGGCAAACCUGAAAAAGGACGUUCGCUCCUUGCUCGUUUCGUCAAAGAUGGGCUUGGACCCUGAUCAGCUCAGGCGGGACUACGUAGGCAUGUUGGGACACCCCAUGCCCCUGAAAAAGCUGGGCUUCAGAAACGUCUUGGACAUGGUGACAGCGAUGCCUGAUGUGGUGUCCGUUAACUUCAGACCUGAUAGAAGUAUACUUUUGGAAGCUGUUGGUGAUGAAUCCACCAAAAAUAUCCAGGAUCUGGUGUCCAAGCAGCGCGUAUCAAAGACUGAUAAGAAGUGGAGGGGGGGGAGGAGCAUCUUCUCUCCACACUACAGUGGUUCGCCUCCUGUGGUUCUUCCCAGACGAAGUCAUGCAACUUUAGUGGUCCCGGCCCAGCUGAGGACACAGCUUCGCAUUCUGCUCUCACAGGGUCCGAUCAGGCUGUCUCAGCUGGAGUCCUGCUUCCAGAACUGCUUUGGCCACCCGCUGCGUGUUGGGAACUAUGGUUUCUACUCCAUUGGAGAGAUGCUGCAGGCGGCACCAGACCUGGUCCUUCCAUCAGAGCAGGCUGGUUCGGUCGUCAGUCUCAGAGAGCAGAUGCUGCCCAGAGCAGCUGCUAUCAUCCAUCAAACCGAUGACUGGACAGACAAACCCACAGGGCCUGUGUGUGCAGUCCAAGUCCCAGUGAAGCACAGUCCUCCCCGUCAACCCACUACCGACAGAUGUUUGGAGUCAAUUCAUAAAGAGCCAACAGCCGCCAAAUGCAACCCAGAGAUAUGUGAGAAGAAGCAGGAAGCAGAGCCAGAGGCCUGUCAGGAGGGUCAGCUCUUCCACAGACGAGUCCUUAAGCUGGAGGAGGAGCUUCGCCAACAAAUCCAGCAGAACGGAGUAGCUGGAAUCAUCAGUCAGGAGCUGAAAGAUAAACUACAGAAGGUUGUAAGUCAGUUCAGAGGGGGGUUAUCUGUGCAUGACCUUCCUGCUGUGUACAAGAAUCAGUUUGGUGAAGAUCUGCCCCAGGAGAUGGGCUUCGUCAGCGUCACCGAACUGGUCGGUGCCAUGACCGACAUCUUCCAUCUGAAGCGAACAGGGACUGAAGACGGACACCAGUGGGUCAUCACAGACAUAAAAGAUGAAGAUGACGCCCAGUCAGAUCCAUCUCAGGGGUUCAGGGUUUCAGCCGAUGGUGUGAAGCUGCCGUUUCCCAGUCAUUACUUUGACGGUGGAGAAUCUCCCUGGGAAGAAAAACUGGAAGGAAAUGAAGAUGAAGUCAGAGAUGAGGAGUUUAACACAACUGUGACUUCCACAACUCCAGAAAUUUCAGAGACCUACCCCACCAUUCAGAUACAAAGCAGCACCGCUGUGCCCCCCGAUGCUCUGCGGAGUACACGUCUAAAACCCCCAACACGGCACCGCAUCCCAGAGUUGAUAGAUGUUCUGGUGGAAGGGGUGGAGUCACCCGGACAGUUCUACAUUCGCUUCAGCUUCAGCGACGAAGCACAAGCCAUGGAGAACAUGAUGAUUGAGAUGAGGAGAUGCUACACCUGCCCUGAGGUUUCUGAGCGCUACCGCCUCCCUCAGCGCUUUAUCAGACGGGGUCAGGUCUGCUGCGCGUCACCUCGGGGAAUAUGGUUCUACCGGGUUGUGAUCCAUGAGAUCAUCAGCCCCAGUGAGGUUCAGGUUUACUAUGUGGACUUCGGUGAUAUCAGUGUGGUACCAACCAGCAACCUCACGUUCCUCAAGUGUUGUUAUUCAGUUCUACCAGCACAAGCAGUUCCGGCAUCACUGGCUGAAAUUCAACCCACCUCACCUGUUUCUCAGUGGUUUUGUGUGACCAGACAGCGUUACCAGUCCCUCCUGGAGCGAAUCCCCCACCGCCUGAAGGCUCUGCACACUGAGGUGGUGGCUCAGAGGGCUCUGGACCGCCAGCUGACCACAGAGAUCCACCGCAUCAAGACAUCCAUGCAGCAGCUCAGCGUAGAACUGUCCAGGAUCAGAGAACACGACGCCUUUGUUUCCCAGCAGGCCGAGCGUGCACACCAGCAGCUGGAAGAAGCACUGAGUCACACACACAACAACUCAGAUGUGGUUCAAGGUUACCACGAGCUCUAUGAACUUCAGAGGAGUCGCCUCGAAGCUCAGCUGCUUCAGAUGACUGAGGACAGAGACUGUUGGAGUCAGCUGACCUACAGCCUCGCCCUUAAGGUCAUCAGUGUGAAGAAACUGCAUCUGGUCAGCCAGUUGCAUGCGAGUGAACAGACGUGGUAUAAGGCAGCAGAACACUGCAGCAUGUACCUCGGCUCAAAGGACACUGAAGACCUCAAAGACCUCGUGGGGCUUAAGGACAUGUGGAAAGAAGAGCUGACGGCUUUUAUGUCCCGCAUGAAGAAGACGGACUAUGCUCACUGUGAACAGAUCAGCGCCAUCCACCAAGGUGUCGCCAAGUGGCCCGCUAUCUGCACCACCUACAAAAAGUCACCUGACCCAGAAUAUGCAAGAGCUGCUGUGGAAGAAAUACAUGCUGAUCUGAAGCAGUGGGUUCAGGUGUUGGCUCUACAGACUGAACGCUACCAAGGUGAGGAGCUACUGUGUUGUCAGCAGACACUGGGGAAGCUCAGUGUCAUCCAGGAGAAGUGGCUGAAAAUCAGUGGUCAGUUGUUAAGAAGACACUCGACUUCCAACAGCGCCCCCUCUGGACACGCCCCACCCUCAGCAAACUCGACAGCGUCAUGUCAGAACUCCAAAAAACUGAACAACCACGUCAAUGGAGAGAACGGGAUCCACAGUCACAUCAUGGCACUAGUUGGGUUGGUGGACUCCUGGAUCACAAACCUUACCGAUAUGAUUAAAAACAAACAGACAAUGCCUGUCUUAGACUGGACAAAGCUGGAGAAAACACUGGGAAAGUGGCACAGUUUGGCAGAAGACGCUUUACAGAAGAUCUCAGCCCUGCAGAUAGGAAGAAAAAAAGACACAAACAAACCUGACCUCUUUACAGAGACAGAGCAGGUUCUGGACAAAGUUCAGGAGUUUGUGACCAGCCUGUCCAGCUUCAUUGACAGUGAGAACCACACACUCAGGGAGGAGAUCACUUCCAUUCACGUGGCUCAGACUCGCUGGAUGUUGAACCUGUUGCUCCUCAUGGUUCCCGACUACGAUGAAGACCAGGAUCCGGGUCCAUUAAACCGAUACAAUACCGGCAUCUCAGCGCAACAACUGGAGGAGGACGCAAAGGUGUUAUCAGACAAACUGGACUUUUAUACUAAAUACUUACCAGAACCCCUGAUCCAACCCCCAGGACUAAUUGCUCCAGUGUCUCCAUCAGACCAUACAGAGACACUGGUGAAGGAAGAAAUAACAGCAGAGGACGAUGGUAUUGAUGAAACUGAGGCCGAGCAAAAAGAGGAGCCAUGUCCUCAGUCUAUGGCAGCUGAGCUCCCUCUGGCUCCCACCUAA